AUGGUCACUUUUCCAAGGAUUGCGGCAGCAGUCAUAGCUGCGCUUUUUCUCAUUCUCGGUUCUGCGAGGAGUGCUCCAGACACCACUCUAGUGAGCAAAAUAUGCAACGGAGCAACAUAUAACCCGUUCAGUACCUAUGCUACUAAUGUCGCCCAAGUUCUCCUGUGUCUGCCUGAUGCGGCAUAUUCGGGUUUCAAUAAGUACUGCCAAAGCACGGAGAGUAACGACGAUUGUUACGGCCAUGCGGCAUGCAAUGGGGCGCUUCAUCAACCAGAUUGCGCCACAUGCCUGGAGGCAAUUGUGAACAGGAUAAAUAAUGAAUGUAUGUUGAGCAUUGGGGUUCAAUAUCAGCUUAAAGACUGCAGACUUCGAUACGAGCAUUAUCCAUUUACCGAGUAG